AUGUCUACUACCCCCACCCAGUCUAAGGAGACUGUUUCUAUCUCUCCCCUCCUUAAGCGCCUGGCAUACCCCGCCGAUCCUGGUUUCCAAGUUAGCGCAGAUGACAUUGCUUCUGCAUUUGCGCUUAUUUUUGAAGAUCAACUAUCAGUCAUUCAAACUGCAGCUCUCUUGACGCUGCUUCAUUCAACCGGCAAGGAUAAGGAAGCUGAUGUCAUCGCGAAAUGCUCACAUCGCAUGCGAGAGGCCGCUUGCGCUAUUGACAAGCCUUCCUUGAAGGCAGCUGUCAAGCUUCGGGGAAAAGCUGAAGGAAACUACAAGGGUGGCUUGUGCGAUAUUGUUGGAACUGGCGGUGAUUCUCACUCAACCUUCAACGUGUCCACCGCUUCCUCGAUCAUUGCCUCACCACUACUGAUGACCGCAAAGCACGGAAAUCGCGCACAGACAUCUUUCUCCGGAUCCGCAGAUGUCCUCAAAGCAAUCGCCCCCAUUGCGCCCAAUAUCGAUGCUGUAACAGCAGACAACAUUGCCAGAGUCUAUUCGGAAACCAACUAUGCCUUCCUGUUCGCCCCCAACUUCCACCCUGGUAUGAUGUAUGCCAAUCCCGUACGUCGCGGACUUGGUCUUCGAACCAUCUUCAACCUUAUGGGACCUCUCGCAAACCCCAUCGAGUGGGCCAUUGAAGCCCGAGUUGUUGGUGUGGCUUACCAGGCCCUGGGCCCAGUGUUUGUAGAGGCUCUCAAGCAAGCUGGUGCCAAGAAGGCCUUGGUGGUUUGUGGUGCAGAGGACAUGGAUGAGAUCAGCUGCGCAGGCUACACAAACUGCUGGAGAAUCACUGAACACCCCAACCCCAACUACAAGCCAUAUCCCGAGGAGGAGGAUGGGGAGUCUAGUGACGAGGAUGACGAAAAAUACAACCCUCGCACCAUUGUCCAAAUAGAUUCCUUCCAGCUCCACCCAACGGACUUCGGAGUCAAGGUUCACCCUCUUACUGAGGUUUAUGGGCGUAAAAUGCCCAAGGACAACGCCAAGAAGCUGAUGAGCAUUCUCCGCAAUGAGCUGCCUCGGGACGAUCCUAUCUUGGAGUUUGUCCUCAUGAACGUUGCUGCUUUGCUUGUCACCUCUGGGAUGUGUGAGGCAGAGACCAGCAACAUGGGCUUCGGCGAUGACGGCAAGGUCAUCACUGAGCGUGGACCAGGUGGUGGACGCUGGAAGGAGGGAUUGCGCCGCGCACGCUGGGCUAUUGAGAGCGGUCAAGCUCUCCAGUCCUUGGAAAAGUUCAUUGAAAUCAGCAACCAGCUGUAA